AUGAGCUUCAAAGCCGAUCACCCGCUGGUGCGCCGCGCGGCGUUUCGAAGAACUUUUUUUGGGACUGCGCGUCGCUCCGGGAAGGCGACGCCGACGGGCGCCGCGGCCGCGAAACGACCGCGGCGCCCCCGGCGCGCGUCACCGAAAGCCUGCGGACGCGCGCGCGAUGCGCGAGAGAGGCCGCGCCCGCGCCCGCGCCACCGCGCCGCCGCCGCGCAGGACCGCCGCCGCUCCGAGAGCGACCGCAUCCGCGCCAAGUACCCCGACCGCGUGCCCGUCAUCUGCGAGCGGGCCGACCGGAGCGACGUGCCCGACAUCGACAAGAAGAAGUACCUCGUGCCCGCGGACCUAACGGUGGGCCAGUUCAUCUACGUCAUCCGUAAACGCAUCAAGCUGCCGCCCGAGAAGGCCAUCUUCAUCUUCGUCGACAACGUCAUCCCGCCGACGGCGUCGCUCAUGUCGGCCGUCUACGAGGUCCAGAAGGACGAGGACGGCUUCCUCUACGUGACGUACUCGGGCGAGAACACGUUCGGCUAG